UCCUUUUCCCUCGUUGUCUCCCCCUCCUUCAUCGAAGAAGCCCAACCACCCGACCGAAAUGGCUUCUCCGGCGGUGGCAAUGGCAUCGGCCUUGAUCCUCCUCUCGCAGUUCCAAGUCCUCUUCCCCGCCGCUUUAGGGGGCGUGGUAUGCGAGAAGCUGCCGCAGGAUUUGUGCGCCUUCGCCAUCUCGUCGGAGUCGAAGCGGUGCGUGCUGGAGAGCAGCCAGAGGGCAGACGGGGAGACGACGGAGUACCAGUGCCGGACGUCGGAGGUGGAGGUGGAGGUGGAAGUGGGGCGGAGGAUGAAGGACUGGAUCGAGACCGACGGGUGCGUGAGCGCAUGCGGCGUCAGCCGCGACGCAGUCGGAAUUUCCUCCGACGCCCUCGUGGAGCCCGACUUCGUCGCCAAGCUCUGCUCCGCCUCGUGCUACCAGAACUGCCCCAACAUCGUCGACCUUUACGUCAAUCUCGCCGCCGGCGAAGGCGUUUUCCUGCCAGAUCUGUGCGAGGUGCAAAAAGUGAACCCCCGACGCGCCAUGGCGGAGCUUCUGAGCUCCGGCGCAGCGCCCGGCGGUGCAGCCAGUGCUCCUGCUCUUGCUCCGUUGUCUUCUCCUUGAUGAUGGAUAUAUGAUAUUGUUUUUUUUUUUUAUAAUAUUGCUUGCAUAAAUGAGGACUAUGCGUACGUACAUGGUUCAUGAUUAUUAUUGUAAAACCAAAUCUAUCAACGCUAUUGAUAUUGAGGUGUUUAUUUAACUUUUUA